AUGUCGUUUUCUGUGGUGAUGACGUAUGUUAUUUUGGCCCGAUCGGUUAUGUGGAUACUGCACCAGGAAGUCGUGUCACCACCAAUAGCCGAUUCCGUACAAGGCGGAUCCAAUCCGCUUGGUCAGUGCCCAAUGGAGCACCGCGCUCUUAUAUCCCUUCUGGGCACCUUUCAAAGCAUUAUUUGUCGCAUGUCAGCUUGUUUGGAUAAAGGGAGCGGCAUACUCAGGAAGCGGAUUUUUAAUAUGCUCAGAAAAAACACACCCGCUAUUCCGGCGUUGGCUAUUGCCCAUGUUAUUGCAACGUUGCGCCAGGCCCGGCUUGUUAUUGACUUGCAUAAUUUUGGCUCGGCAUGGAGAAUAAGGUUGUGUAGCUUGCGAAACGUUACGAGCAGUAGUUACGGGCACAGCACGUUUGCACAAUUGUCAAUCGGCCAGCCUAUUUACUUUACGCGACUGUCGGAUGACAGAAUACACGAGACAAAGCAAACAUUCAACGCGUCUGAUUUUCUUGGAAUUGACGCCGCUGCUAGCACGAGCAGCAGCAGUAACAGCAACAAAUCUGAGGACUUCAUAUCAUACUCCUUUAUCUCGGCAGUCAAGACCCGGGACGAAGACAUUCGACUUGCCGUAUCCGCCAGAUCAUGGACCGAAGACGAAGAUUUCACUCGAGCCAUUGAAACGUACGAAGUGUACGCAAAGGAAAAUACAUGUCCAACGCUACUGUUUUCUGGCUCGAAAACGGCCAAUUAUCCCCUUCUUGCUGCUCUGACCUUGGAAUAUCGCUUCAAUAUGAGCACAAGCGGAAUGGACCUGCCAAUGAAAGUCGAGAAUAUGUUUGGGUGUGGCGUACCAGUGUGUACCGCAGCAUUUAAAUGCUUGGACGAACUGGUUGUCCAUGGAGAGAGUGGUCUGACUUUCUCGAACAGCGUAGAAUUGGCGGAGCAAGAUCUAUUCAUGCGUGAACCUGACAACCUCGAGCGGUUGCGUAGCAAUGUCAUUGAGUGA